CGGGAAAGGAGGUUUUGUAGCAGGCCCGCCGGAUUGCGAUGAUGCGAGCCGAGGCGAACAGCCAAGUGUUUCUACACCUGAAAAGAAAAAAAGUUGGCCAAACUCAACUACGUAGUCGACACUCUAUCAACGGCUCGCUACCGAACUUGUGCCGAUUGAGACUGAUGGUCAGUUGGCAAGUAUACGGAUUUGACGGCAUUGAAGCUAGCGCAAGACACUUUCCGCAAACCAGUUACUGAACACAAAGAGAGAGAGAGAGAGAAAAAAAAAGGUUUCAUGGAUCGACAAGCCAGCUGAGACUUGGGUUCGGAGGCCACGUUCGGGAUUGAACCCGUUUCUUGACUUGACCAACAUCAGACGAGCGAGUUCCGCUCUUUCUAUUUUUGUAGGCAAGCUUGUUGACAGCUGAUUUUUUUUUAAUCUGGCUACUACGUAGCUUAGCUGUGUGCAAGGCCCUUGAAACAAAAUUAAAGGAGGAGGAAAAAAAAAAAAAAGACAAGAGACAAGUAGCGCACGAGACUAUGAUUGCAACAAUCGCCGGCCCGUCGCCACUGUGGACGAUUGUUCGUCUGUUUGCGCUAUGGAAGGGCAUGCUCGUGCUUGUCGCGGCUGGGAGCGCGCUGGUCGGCCCCGCAUAUGACACGUCGGCAAGCCUGCUGCUGGCGCCGGCCUCCAACUCGUCGUCAUCCAUGUUCCUGGCGAGGCUGUCGAGCUGGGAUGCCGUUUAUUUCGUGCAGCAGGCGCAGCGCGGCUACGUCUUUGAGCAGGAGUGGGCUUUUGGCGAGGGGCUGCCACGCAUAAUUACGCGAGCGCUUCGAGGACUCAACUCUGUUGGCCUGCUCCGUGACGGCGGGCUCGAGGCUAUUGCGGUCGUGGGCGUCAUGGUCGCGCACGUGUCUCACCUCCUAUCCUCGCUAGCGCUCUUCUGGCUCGGCGCCCUCGUGCUGGGCGACCAGCGCCAGGCCCUCGUGGCCGCGUGCCUGCACGUGCUCUCGCCCGCCGGCCUGUUCCUCUCGGCCCCGUACGCCGAGGCCGGCUUCUCCUACCUGUCCUUUUUCGGGCUGUACCUGUUUGCCGUGAGCCAGAGCCCUGACGCCGCCGCGUACGGGGGCGGCCUGAAAAAGGACGGCGCCGUGAUCGUGUCGGGGUUCCUGCUCGGCCGCGCCACCACGUUUCGCACCAACGGCCUGCUCAACGGCGUGCCGUUUGCGUAUGCGUUUUGCCGCGACUGCCUGCGCUUCCUGUCUGCCCCGUCGCUGGCCGGUCUGAGGCGCGUCGUCGUCCUCGGCGUCGCGGGCCUCUGCAUCGCUGCCGGGUCCGUCUGGCCGCAGGCGGUCGCGUACACCCGGUACUGCGGCGACUCGUUGGCGGAGGGCCUGAGUCGUCCAGAGUGGUGCAGCCAGACUAUUCCUAGCAUAUACUCGUUUGUGCAGCGCAGAUACUGGGGCACCGGCCUUUUCCAAUAUUGGACCAUCUCCAACGCUCCCCUGUUCUUGCUCGCAGCCCCGAUGCUGUAUAUUCUGACUAGAUCAGGGUGGGAAAUGGCUACUGCAUCGUCUGGAGAAUCCGCCGAAGGUGUCAAAAUCACUGCCAAAGGUGACAUGGCCGAUCUGGUCAAGAGUCUUGCUGCAGCACAGAUCAUUCUUGCCGUGACGGCCCUGACGAGCUACCACGUUCAGAUCAUCACCCGUCUUUCUUCAGGAUAUGCUGUCUGGUAUUGGUGGUUAGCACAACGUCUUGCUGGGGACAAAAAGGCCGGCGGCUUCGGGAAGGGGGUUGUGACCUUUAUGAUCAUGUACGCUGGCAUCCAAGCAGUCUUGUUUUCGUCCUUUCUCCCACCAGCCUGAGGCACGAGAACCAGCUGAAAGGGACCGUUGUGAUGGGAACAAAGAAUGCAGAUAAAAACAAAAAUAUGAAGCGGUGACUAAAUGUGUAAUCCUUUUUGGUUUGAUC